CGGCGCUAUAGCGGAGAAAUCCCUCCCCCUGCCGGAGGCGGCGCUAUACCCAGGCCGGCGCUGUAGCGAAGAAAUCCCGCCGCCUGCCGGAGGAGGCGCUAUAGUGGAGAAAUCCCGCCCCCUGCCGGAGGUGGCGCUAUACCCGGGCCGGCGCUGUAGCGAAGAAAUCCCGCCCCCUGCUGGAGGCGGCGCUAUACCCGGGACAGCGCUGUUCAUUCAUUCAAUCAUAUUUAUUGAGCGCUUACCAUGUGCAGAGCACUGUACUGAGCGCCUGGGGCGUCCAAGUUGGCGACAUCUAGAGCCGGUCCCUCCCCGACAGCGGGCUCACCGUAGAAUCGGUGGAGCGCCCACUCUGCGCGUAGCGCUGAGCACGGCGCUUGGGGGAGGCCAGUUCACUCCGCCGGAUGUCUUGGGCGCUCAGCGUGUGCCCGACACUGGGCUAAGCGCCCCACCCGGUGCGGAGCCCGUUGCAGCGGAGGAGAGAGGACGGCUUCGCGGCGUCGGCCAUCCCCGCCGCCGCCCCCUGCCUCAGUUUCCUCGCCUCACCACCUGCCCGGCCUCCUGUUUGGACGGCGGGACAGGGACCCGUCGUCGGGGCCCAUCUGAGCGCCGGGCGGGGGACUGUACUGAGCGCCGGGGCGGAAGGACGAUGGACGGGCCGCGGGAUCGAGGAUGGUGACGGCUGAACCGAGAGGAGCCGACGCCUUCGCGCCCACCCUGCCGGGCGGGGAGGCCUUCCGGGAAGCGGCUGACGCCUGGGCCUGGGUGCAAAUCCCGCGCCCCCGGAGCGGGGAGCCGGCCGUGGAGAUGGUGGAGGAGCUGGAGAGGGAGAUGGACGGGACGGGCGCAGGCCGGGCGACGGCGGCGGAGGACCAAGCGGGCCCGGGAGCGCCAACCGACGUCCUCCAUCGUGGCAGAUCCGGAGGAAGCUCGGGCCUCGGCCCCGCCGGGAUCCCCCGUUUUCCGGAGCCGAGGGGAGGGCACCGGCCCCGGAAUCCGCCGGGAAGCGAGAGCGGAGAGACCCCGGGAGUCGGCCCGGCAGGCCCCCCCGCGGGCGUCCGGCCCCACCGCUGCCCCGACUGCGGCAAGGCGUUCGGCCUGCAGUCGACCCUGCUGCAGCACCGCCGCGUCCACAGCGGCCAGAAGCCGUUCGUCUGCCCCGACUGCGCCAAGGCCUUCCGGCAGAGCUCGCACCUGGUCCGCCACCAGCGCAUCCACACGGAGGAGAAGCCGUACCGCUGCGCCCGCUGCGCCCGGGCCUUCAACCGCCGCACCACCCUGCUGCGCCACCAGCGCGUCCACACCGGGGAGCGGCCCUACCGCUGCCCCGACUGCGGCCGCGCCUUCGGGCAGAGCUCCAACCUGGCCCAGCACCGGCGCAUCCACGCCCGGCACCGCCCGCACCCCCGGGCCCCCGCCGCCGGGGACCGGGGCCCCCCAGCCCGCCACGGGCCGUAAGGCCGGGACCGCUCCCGGCGGGCCCCGCGUCCCGUGAUCCAACGGGGCUCCGCCACCGUUGCGCCGGGGUCACUCCCGGCGGGCUCCGUGUCCCCCAAUCCCCCGGGACGUCGCCGCCCGGGACGGGCCGUAAGGCCGGGCCCGCUUCCGGCGGGCCCCGUGUGGCAUAACCCGCCAGGGCCUCAGGCCCCCGGGACGGGCCGUUGGGCCGGGACCAUUUCCAGCAAAUCCAACGGGGCACCGCCAUCUGGGAUGGGACGUUGGGCCGGGACCAUUUCCGGCAUUCCCCGCGUCCCGUAAUCCAACGGGUCACCGCCAUCUGGGAUGGGCCGUUGGGCCGGGACCAUUUCCGGCAUUCCCCGUGUCCCGUAAUCCAACGGGGCACCGCCAUCCGGGAUGGGCCGUUGGGUCGGGACCGUUUCCGGCAUUCCCCGCGUCCCGUAAUCCAACGGGGCAUCACCAUCCGGGACGGGCCUUUGGGCCGGGACCAUUUCCGGCAUUCCCCGUGUCCCGUAAUCCAAUGGGGCACCACCAUCCAGGAUGGGCCAUUGGGCCGGGACCGUUUCCGGCAUUCCCCACGUCCCGUAAUCCAAUGGGGCACCACCAUCCGGGAUGGGACGCUGGGCCAGGACGGUUUCCAGCAUUCCCCACGUCCUAUAAUCCAACAGGGCACCACCACCCAGGACAGGCCGUUGGGCCAGGACCGUUUCCGGCAUUCCCCGCGUCCCGUAAGACAACGGGGCACCGCCACCCGGGACGGGCUGUUGGGCCGGGACCGUUUCCGGCAU